AUGACAGCAACACAAAUACCGCAUCUCCGUAAGACAAAGACGUCUUCACAGCUCAUCGUUAAUGGCGAGCCCUUCCUCAUGCUCAGCGCCGAGCUGCACAACUCCACACUCAGCUCAGCAAAAUACAUGCGCGAUGACAAAAUCUGGGAGAAUAUGCGUGCGAUGCAUUGCAACACCCUCCUAGGCUCUGUGUCCUGGGAGCAAAUCGAGCCAGAAGAAGGAUGCUUCGAUUUCAGCAACAUUGACGAGAUCAUCCUCGACGCGCGGAAACACGACAUGAAGUUAGUCCUGCUGUGGUUCGGUACUUACAAGAACGCACUCAGCACAUACGUACCUGCUUGGGUUAAGAAAGACGUCAAGAGGUUCCCGAGAGCGCAUGUCAGCGAAGCCGGUGCGAAGACCAGGACGGAGGAGUACGUCAGCCCAUUCUGCGAGGCGGGCUGGAAGGCCGACGCGAAGGCGUUUGCCACGCUCAUGAGGCAUCUGAAGGAGUUUGAUGGCGCCCAUAGCACUGUUGUCAUGAUGCAGGUGGAGAACGAGACAGGGAUCUUGGGCGACUCGAGAGAUCGAAGCAAGCUCGCAAACAAGAAGUUCACUGAGUCUGUACCGAAAGACUUGGUCGAAGGACUGCAGGCCUGCAAAAAUCCACAUCCCGAUUUCGUGAAACGGUUCGCCAACAUCAAGGAGGCCAAGGCUGGGGAACACACAUGGACAGAGAUCUUCGGGGCUGACGAUGUAAUCAACGCCGAGGAGAUGUUCAUGGCUGACGCUAUCUCCCGCUAUGUCGAGAAAGUCGCUGCAGCAGGCAAAGCCGAAUACCCGAUCCCACUCUACACGAACGUAUGGCUUAACUUCGACGAUCCUUCCGCUCUCGAUCUUACAGACCUCCCCGUUGUUGUUGGUGGUGGAGCAACAGCAGGUGUCUACCCAUCCGGCGGCCCCUGCCCGCAUACCAUGGAUGUCUGGAAGGUCAACGCACCCUCGCUGGACUUCAUCGCCCCCGAUCUCUACUUCCACGACUACGAGAGCACGUGCAAGAACUACCGACAUGACGACCAGGUCUUCUUCAUACCAGAGCAGAGGCGCGAUGAGAAAGGCGUGCGGAGAGUGUGGCUCGCGUACGGCACAUACCUGGCACUCGGAUGCUCGCCAUUCGGCGCAGACUCAGAAUCAGCAGAGGUUAGUGCCUUAACUAAGCACUACAAGCUCAUCCACUCGGUGCGGAAACAGAUCCUCGACGCACAAGCCAACAGGCCCGAGGAUAUGAUGGGCUUCUUCUUCGACGAGUGGAGAGAAGGUGAAAAGGUGAAGGAGAAGAGCUGGACCAAGAAGAUGGGUGACUUCGAGGUGAUCGUCGACCGCGCCUUUGUAUUCGGCAAGCCUGGUCCUGGCGCUGGAAUGGUGAUCCACCAGGGCGAUGGAAAGUUCUUGUGCGUUGGUUGGGGCUUCAAUGUGUACUUCAAGAGCACAAACCCCAAGUCUACAUUCACGGGUAUCUUGCAUGCGGAGGAAAAGGAGGUAAACCCAGAGACUUGCGAACUCAGUACUGUGAAGGUGCUGGGUGGCGAUGAGACACGUAGUGGGGAGUUCCUGAUCAUGCCGAAUGAGGAUCCGGAUUAUGGAGGUUUCCCGAUCGCGGUUACUAUUCCUUCGCGGACUAUGAUCGCGGAGUGCUGGGCUUAUAGCAUUGAGGAGGAGGAGGAUGAUUUGUAG